CCUUGUACCACCUCGCCAAAUUAUAUUUGGCGACGUCCCAAUGAUCUAUCCACUGUGUACAACCACAGACAAAAGAUUCUCUAACCCCUCCCUCGAGAAAUCUUCAUUCUUAAGCAUCGGACAUAUGACAUGCGCCAACAGCUCAGUGACUGGAUCCGGCGACACCUACCACGUCCAUUACUAUCGAGAUCUAACUCUCGUUCCCGACUCCCAAAGGAUACCUUCUAUGGCCAGCGAAGGAGAAGCAUCUGUUCCCUGCCGGCUGGGGAGGGCAAUGCUACUGCCCCUCCAAAGUCGAAACGGACGACAUGGAACCCGAUCUGGUUACACACGAGUUUCCUCUUAGCGACAGCAUUGACCUUCUUGGCUUUCAUUUCUGCCCUGUUGAUCUUGCUAUAUGUCGCCAACAGACAUGACGGCCUGAUUCUUCGGACUUCGAAUCAUUUCACUUGGACGUAUGGGCCGACUGCUGUGCUUACGGUCGUUGUGGCUGCCUGGCGGCAGAUCGAUUAUUACUGCAAGACUCUUGUGCCCUGGGGUGAGCUGAAUCGAGGAAACGCUCACCCAUCGCAAAGUGUGCUGCUUGACUACAAGUCGCCCCUACAAAUUAUAAGCUUCUACAAUGCGGCAAAAAACAAACAUGUUACCAUCAUCACCACUAUACUGGGAUUCGUUAUUCUCAAGUUGAUUACCCUUGCCUCCACCGGCCUUCUCUUUCCGGACUCGAUUAUCUUACCUAGCAGUCAAGUUGAGGUCUCUAGAAUCACGAGGCUGGACGGUUCACUCUACAAUGAGUCGGCCAAUCAAGGACUUUUCGACCCGUCAAUUGCAUACACUGCUUACGCUGCUAUGAGCAAGGGAUUACCAUACGCAGAUGGAACGACUGCUGAAAUGGUGUACGAACAAAUUGGGGAAUUCGAUCUACCGCAGCAGAGUCGGAAUGCCAACGGAACAGUUAGCGCAGAAGUUCGUGCCCUCGUCCCAACAUACCACUGUGAAAGUGCCCCUGUCGCGGUAAUUCUUCAACCAGCAAAUGUGACAGAUCUGCAUCCUGAGGACGGCCUCCAGUUACUGUUCUCUGAGUGUACUUUACGAGCCAAUGGGAAAGGCACCCCCGUCUACACUCUCAACCCCCAAACCUUUGUUUGUCCAGAACGUCAGUUGAGUCCUUUAUUUCAGCAAAUUGAUUGCAAUACGCAUUCUUCUCCAGGGAGCCAAGAUAAUUGGCAACUCCUGACGCUGACAGACUUUCGCUACAACCAAACGAUUGCCGAUGCGAACGAUCUGACAUUGGGAGAUGCAGUUUCGGCGACAACCUGGUCCACCGGCGUGGCACAAGUGAUUGGUAUUGCUUGCAGAUCGGGGUUCUCACUGAAGAAGAUUCAGCUAUCCUAUGACGUUCAGGAUGUUUCUCGAGGAAUUCGGGCAAUAACUGUAGAGGACGAUAACAGCACCACCCUGGGAAACUUUACGGGCUUUGAUCUCGGUGUCCUCACUACUUCGGCUCUCAGUGCAAGCGCAGAUAUGUUUGGCAACCUAGUGGAUAACCAAUAUGUCCUGGAGCGUCCAAAUGUACUCUUCAAAAUGAUGGCGGCAAUAAGUGGUGGCACUUACGAAAACCUGCUGAACGAAACCACUAUGAUUGUAGCGGCAGAAAAGGUUCUCCAACAAGUUGCGCUUCAGUCGGCUGCUAAGUACAUCACCAGUGGCGAUGACACAACUCUCCCAGGCACGUUCGUCCGGGAAGAAGAGAGACUUCAGAUCAGCACCUUUUCGCUCUGGGUAAUGUUUUCGGGCUGCGUCGUAAUGACUUUCCUGGCAAUACUCCUCCUUUGGAAGAGACCGAAGGAUUUAUGUCUCCAAAAUCCUGAAACCUCAAGCAUGACUGCAGAACUCUUAACCCAAAGCGCCGAUUUCAGGGAGGCAUUGAGACGGGUCGGGCUCGGUGGAGAUGAUGGGCUUGCCGCCAAACUACAAGCCUUCAGAUUCAGUGUCGAGCAUCGAGCAUAUGACGACGAUGAUCGUGUCGUCUCCAUAUCGCUAUCACCCUCCACGCGUUCUCUGGAUGGCAAAGAUGACAAUGACAUGUCUCGAAAUGAUGGAACAAUGUGGUGGAGGCCACUGACGCUAAAACUCCCGAUACUCAUCAUCAGCCUCGUCACGCCACUAAUAGCCGUUGGGGCUCUCGAAGUGAUACAGCAAGUUUCAGACAAACACCAUGGGUUCGUUUCUGUCCAGGAAUCUACCAGCUUCUCCAUUACCAUAUACACACGGUUCCUCCCUGCUUUGCUGAUAUUGCUGGUUGCGACAUUGAUCAACGCUCUCGAUUUCAACAUUGCUGUUUUAGCACCAUACUACACGCUCCAUUCCGAAAUUGGCUCUUCAGGAUUAAGAGGCAUCACGACUUCAAACCUCGGUUGUCCACCUCCAGUCGCCAUCUGGAACUCGGUGAGAAACCGUCAGUGGGGGCCUUCCCUGUCUGGGCUUGCCAGCCUCAUCGCAAGCGUUCUUACUGUCGUGGUUUCCGGCCUGUACACGGUCGACAAGCUGUCUCUGUCUCAAACAGUCACCUUGGAUCGUUCAGACGUAUUCAAUACGACUUGGAUCAACAGUGUCAAGAGCGACGACUCAGCAGCAGUUGUAGCAAGCUUAACAGAAAGUUUGGGGCUGGACUAUCCGCAGUUCACAUAUGAAGAACUAGCCCUACCUUCUCUGAAGUCUGUCAUGUCUGCAGGGAGCAAUGUUGACACCAACGCGACUCUACAGAUGCAGGUUCCAGCCCUGCGCAGCGAUUUGCAGUGCGUUGAAUUGACUAGAGGUAUGGUAAAUGUAUCAACAAGCUAUAAUUCCAGGAUCGAGACAGCUGAGGCAUCGGUGUCUGCUUCUGCCCCCUUACCACCAGCGUGUCCCUACGGUGGUCCAAACGGUACGGCAAAUUACAUUCAGUUCAGCAACACCUUUACAUUACGAGGGAACUCGAGUUUUGUCGGCAAGCUCUUGGAUUUGCAUGUCGGUCCUUUCGAUCCAAUACAGGACUCUAGCUUUGGCGAGCUCUCGCCAAACACGCAGGGCGAUAAUCCACCUGGAUGCCCGUCUUUGGCGUUCUUCUAUGGAUAUGCAGAUGUCAAUUUCCCCUCAAGGACAGCGAUAACGACCUUGAUGUGCUACCAGUACAUCGACCAACUUCCAACGAUGGUGACGUUCACUUGGCCGGACCUUGCAAUCUCUCCAACUCAACCUCCCGUGGCAAAUGAGUCUUCCACAGAACGACUUCCAAGUGGCGUGGACGGAGAGACUGCGUUCCAAUUCCGCUUGCAGCUCCACAUGGACGAUGAAUUCUCCUCUUUCAACCAGACAGCGAACACUGCCACACUCGCAGAAAGCUCACCCCCUUUGGACAACUUUUUUCAAGGCGUCAUCUUUGGCAAGGAGCCGCUGGAAAUCUCGAUGCUGGCGAGUACCCAUCAGGCAGAUAUCUCACAGGUAUACGGUGGCAUCCGUGGGUUCUACCGUCGAUACAUGGCACAGGCCAUAUCAAGCAAUAUGCGAGUCCCCAUCGGAUCUCGCACGGAGGACUCUGCAAAAGACUCCCCAAAUCGCACGACCGUGACAGGCACACUUCUGGAUGCGACAGUUCAAGCCCGAAUCGUGCAAGACCGUACUGCGAAACUCAUUCUCCAGGUCCAGCUGGGGCUCAUAUUCGUGCUUGCCUCGCUCGCCGUGGCCUGUUCUAAACUGCACGAGAUUGUGCCUUUCAAUCCGUGCACCAUCGCCGGUGUCGCCGCGCUGUUCGCGUGGAGCAGAAUGUGCGACCAGGAUGAUCCUGUUGGGAAAGGUGUCAUGGGAAACGGUGGACAGGGGAUGUGCCAGGGACGCUAUCGAUAUAGACUAGGGUGGUGGGACAUCGGGCAUGGACUAGGAGGAGAAACACACCGGUGGUACGGAAUUGACGCGAUGGAGCAAGAAGACGAGAGGCCGUAGUGCGAUUUCGGCAGCAUUUUGCAUAUGCCACAGAACAUCAAGAAGAAGGAUCUCAGAUUAAGUCCUGCCUGCCUCUGACGGGUCCUAGGCACGGUAUUUAAGGAGGUAGUUUCACGACAUAGAAUAACGAGUGGUGAGAUGGAUCGGAGGCGUCAAAUGACAGAACAGAAUCGCACGAGAUUGACCUGUCAAAC